ACAAUGAGCUUUCCCCUCUUCUCCAUAUACCCCAGGCUGGUCGGGGUUCCUAUAUGAACCACGUUGAAUCCAGAGUUCGGUUCCAGACAGCCCAGGCGUUCGGUUGCUCUUUCCUCUAUACACGAACGAGUCCGCACGCCCUCCUGUCUCUGCAGCCGCAAAAUCUUCCCCAGUAGCAACAACUUCGUACUUAAUACCCUUGACACCGGCGAUUAAACCUGCUCUCGUUGAAAACCAACAUGCCACCGCAAACCAAACCUAGUUUGUUGGAGGUAGUGUCAUCCGUAGCGCCUGUACCAGGGACGCGAGGUCAGUUCACCGUCACAAUCACCCGAGAUUGGUGCACUCAACAUUCUGUUUUGGGAGGGUUCUCUGCGGCGGUUAUGUUGUCCGCUGGUCGGAAAUUUCUUGAACAGGACCUGGGCGAUGGCCUUUAUCCCGACCCGGUGCAUGCGUUUGUACAGUUCCUCCGGGAAGUCCACCCUGGCGAGUGCACCAUUACCUGUGCCAUCUCACGGACCUCAUCCCGACGGUGCGUCGUCACGGUUGAGUUGAAACGUGCUGCUGCUGCUGCUACUGUAAAGGACCAGAGAGAAACCCCAAACACAACAGCAUCAUCAUCCCUUAUAACCACCACCCUCGGCGUUUUCACUUAUGCCGAUAUCUCCAAAGAGCAAGGCCUCACCCACGAGCCCCACCCCCCGUCAACAAAAGCAGCAGCAGCAGCAGCAGCAGCAAUUAGAUUAUCGUUACCCAGCCGACAAACAGAAUGCACCACCAUCGACGACCCCGUUGUGGACGCCACCCCGGUAACCCGCAAGAUGCACUGGGUUGCACCCCGCUCCGCCAACGGGCUCUGGGGCCACCGUCUCGGGGGACACAACCGCGAAGUCUGGCUCUCCUUCCGUGAUGGGACCAAAUUCUCCGACAUUCUACAUCUAGCAUACCUCGCGGACCUGCCCCUCCAUCCCGCAGCAACCCACACCCCCGACUUCUACGCCAAGCACGCCAUCUCCACCCUGUGUCUGUCGAUCGAGUUCAAGAGACGGCCCGAUCCGUCCACGGAAUGGGUUCUGACCCGCUCCACCUCGUAUCAGAUCGCGCGCGGUCGCUACGAUGUGAGCCUGCAGGUCUAUGAUGAGUCCGGUGCCCUCCUUGCGUUGAGCCAGCAUGUGGUUUUCGUCACGGAUCUGAAGCCCGUGAGGGCCGGGGGAAGGUUGUAAGGGUGUGAUGGCGGGGGCAGGGAUGGGACAAGGGGGC